CUUAAGGAGGGUAGGGAGACUCUUGUUAAGUCUCUGGGAGUUGUGUUGGGGAUCAGGACUGCAGGGUGAGGAUCGGGGAUCAGAGGAGACAGAAAAACCAAAUACACGAUGAAGACUCUGGUGCUGCUCGUUUUGGUGUUUGCUUCAACAGCUGCAAUCAGGCCAAGAAGUCAGUUCACUCGUUAUCGAUCAUGGAAUUCACGGAUGUAUCCGGUGUGGAAAGAUGGAGACCCGCGAUUCAGAAACUGCUGGUUGGGAGGUAACGUAACCUUCGAUCUUAAGAAUGAUGGCCCCACCCUGACUGCAGCAAAAGCAACCUUCACUAUUAAUCUGAAUUUCCCACCAAACCAGACGGUGCUCCAAGGCGGACAGGUGGUCUGGGCAGAAAACUGCACCAUCGAUGGUAAACAGUACCAGGAGGGUCAGGCUGUGUAUCAAGACCAGGACACUGAAUGGACCGGAGUUUUCCCUGAUGGCACACCUUUCAACAGGAGCCAGGACAGGAAACCGCAUUAUGUGUUUGUGUGGAAAACAUGGGGGCGCUACUGGCAGGUGGCAGAUGGACCAUCCUCCUCACUCACCAUCGAUACAGCCAACAUUCCCCUGGGCUCCUACAACAUGGAAGUUGUCAUCUACCACUGCCGUGGCAGAGACAGGUUUAUCCCCCUCGGGUAUGCCUCUACAGUCUUCACGAUCACAGACCAGGUUCCAUUCACCAUAUCUCUUGCCCAAGUCAAUGAUGUAAACCAGAAUGACCAGAACUUCAUCCAGAACCAGGCUAUUGGCUUUACUGUCAACAUCCACGAUCCCAGCCAGUACCUGAACAACGCCGAAAUCAGCUUCACCUGGAACUUUGGUGACAACAGUGGAACUCUGAUCUCCAGAGAGCAUACUGUCACACACACAUACAUUGCAGCUGGGACCUUCAAGCCUCAGGUGGUUUUGAUGGCAAGCAUCCCCAAUAGCUGUGGAAACCCCACUGCUGUCGUUCCACUUGAUGCCUCUGCUGCACCAGCAGUAGUUGUGAUGGCCUCCACCCCCGCAGCUGUCCCUGCUGUACCAGCUGAGGGAGGAGAUACAAUUGCUGUGGAUGUUGUUGCCUCUGAUGCCACUCCACUUGCUGCUUCUGUGCAGCCCGCAGAUGCAGUUACAAACACAAAUGAUGGAGAAGCAGCUGCCGAUACUGACACAGAGGCUGUGGAAGUUGCCUCAGUGGCCCCUGCAGGAAUAGAUACAGCUGUUGUUGCUGCCAACACUGCCGCUCCUGCCGCAGAGGGAGAUGCUGCUGCAGAGGAAACCGAGGCUGGUGCUGUAGAGGUGGCCCCCGCUGCCACUGUUGCACCAGGAGCCGAAGAGCCAGCAGAUGCUGAUACAGCUGCUGCGGUUGAAACCGCAGAGGUCACCGAUGCCACUGAAGAUGUAGCUGUGAUAGAUGCUGCUGCUGCUUCAGUUGCCCCAGUUGCAGAGGGAGAAGAAACUGCAGUUGAAGUGGCAGACACUGUCACUGUGGCUCCCAUCACAGAUGCUGCUGCAGUGGAAGAAGCUGCGGAUGCUGUUGAAGCUGCUGAGGCGACCGCUGCUGCAGAGGUUGUCCAAGCUGAAACAGAAGCCCCUGCUGAUAAUGUUGUUGCGCUUGCUGCCACUGAGCCUGCAGCUGUAGAAGAGGCAGCACCAGCUGUAGUUGAUCCUGAGGCUGAAGCAGUGGAAACUGAGAAUGAAGUUGCAGCUACUGCAGCUGCUGCAGCUGAAGAAGAGGCUGCACCAGCUGAAGCUGAAGUUCAAGCUGAAAUGGAAGCAGAUCCAGCACAGGUUGCCCUCGUUGUGGCUAAAAGACAAGCGCCAGAGCUGACAGCUGACUGUACGGUCUACCGUUAUGGCUCCCUCGCUACAUCUGUAGAUGUUGUUCAAGCUAUUGAAAGUGUGGAGAUUGUACAGGUAGCCAACGUUGUGUCACUGGAGACAGAGUUGGAUCAGAAUGCUGUGGACGUCACCAUUACCUGCCAGGGAAGUCUGCCAAGUGAGGUCUGCACUGUUAUCUCUGAUGCUGACUGUAUCACGCCGGUACAAACCAUCUGUAAUGCAGCCUCACCCUCUCCAGACUGUCAGAUGAUCCUUCGUCAGUUCUUCAAUGACUCUGGAGUUUUCUGCCUUAAUGUCUCUCUGACUAACGAUGUCAGUCUUGCCAUGGCAAGUGCGAGAGUCAGUGUAUCACUAGCCUCUGGUGGUUCACCAGCCGGAACUGCUGCUACAGUGCUCGGUGUUAUGGUUCUCGCCUGUGUCGUCUGCUGUAUUGGUUUGAUGUACAGGCGUUUCAAGCAGUACCAGCCGCUGAGAGAAGACGGUGCUAGUAAUGGACGCAUCUCUGCAGUAACAUCAGUGCCUUUGCUGCUGUGGAACUUGCUGAGUCGACAGUCACCAGGAGAAAGCCGUCCACUGCUUCAGGGAAGGAUUGUGUGAAUACUGUCAUCAAUAAAUGCACUCAAUGUCUGCAAUGUUUGCUAACAUGUCGGCUUUAUAUACAUAUUACUGUCUCUAGUGAUACUGUAACUCCCUGCCAUUAAACCAGAACCAAUGAAGUGAACGCCCCAUGCACAACACAUGUAGGAAUCAGGAGUCAUUGUGGAACUGUAAUUGUGUGUAAGUGUUUUCAAACUGCUGAAACAUUUGUAGUGGAAAGUGAUAUUUAUUUUGACCCAUAAUAUUUUAUUAAUUGGCACUGAUAGUUUAUAAAAGUAAUAACAUAUAUCCUCCGAUUUGUCUACUUAUACUAAACCUACUGGAAAAUCAGAUCUAGCACGUUUCAAUUUAGGUUCUUUACAAUAUAAAUUAAAUCUAAUUAAUCCAUGAACAUCUUUUGCUACCCUGAAAAUGAAUAAAAUGGAACACUAUCA